CACCCCACAAUUAAAAAGAACCACCCCUCCCACACACAGCAUGCAGAGAACAACACACUCAUCCAUGCCCACUUCCAUAACAACUCACUGCCGCGACAGCUCCGACGACGAGCUCGAUGUCUUCGAGGCAGCACGCUACUUCUCUGGCGGGUUCGAUGGUCUCAUUACCGGUCGACUCAGUUUCCAAAGAACGUUGAGGCAAGAGCUCUUGUUCAAGGGAGACAGAAGGAGCUUAGACAUGCCCAUGAAGAAGCCUAAGACACCAAGUUCUCAGGAGCCAUGCAAGAUGGAAAGGAAUUAUAAUGAGAUAAAGAGUAAGCAACCCAGCUCCCCAGGUGGCAGCAGGUUGGCUAGCUUUUUGAUCUCUUUGUUUCAUCAAAGAAGCUCCAAGAAGAAAACAACCAAGUCCCCGGUCACCACCACUCAAUCUAUGAAGGAUGGGAACCUCGCAAUGAUCAAGCAUGGGCAAGAGAGGAGGAGGAGGAAGAGCACUAGCUACUCCCAAAACAUUAGUGGUGAUCAUAACAGUUACUCCAAGUCCAUGCACUACUCCUCUAAGAGUAGUAGUGGAUUUAGGACCCCUCCACCUUUACCAUGCAUGCCAAAAGAGAAGGUAACCACUUCUUCUUUGGGAGGUAGAGUUCAUGGAAGUGGUGAUCAUCAUGAUCAUAGUCAUAAUGGAAAGAGUAGUGUCAGGGAGGAGGGUUUUAUGAUGAAAAAUGUGGGAUUUGGGAGGAGAGAGAAGGAAGAAGAAGCAGGAGAAGGGAGUAGUGAUUCAAGCUCUGAUCUCUUCGAGUUGAAGAACUAUGGCAUGGAGGAUUUCUCAAGCGGCGAUUUUCCUGUUUAUGGCGCAACUAAUGCAGGGAUCAUCAGUAGUAAUUAGGGAUCUACAGUUCCAAGUGUUGCUUUCUAAUUAAUGUAAUUGUUUAUAUGUUUGUCAUAUAGCUCGAUUAGAAAAGUACUUGUCAAUUUGCUGGUUUGAACAAAUUAAUGGCUCUUAAUCUUAA